UUGACAAGGCCAAUAGCAUCAUGCAUCCUUGGGUAGCCAUCCUGGGCCUCCUACUCCUGCCAGAUGGUGUAACCUCUUACCACCGAGUGACUGGAGUGGCGGGUCAGUCUGUCACUCUACCCUGCUACUAUAAUGGUGAAGUCACAAGCAUGUGCUGGGGCCGAGGGGCAUGUGCUUGGUUUGAUUGCGGAACUAACAUCAUCUGGACUGAUGGCUACAGAGUCACCUAUCGGAGGGAUGGACGUUACCAGCUAAAUGGAAAUAUUGGUGGAAGAGAUGUGUCUUUGACCAUAAACAAUGCUUCCCUGUCUGACAGUGGCUUGUAUUGUUGCCGAAUUGAGGUGAGAGGGUGGUUCAAUGACAUAAAAACCACCCUAGAGUUGAGGGUAAAUCCAGCUCCACCUACAACAACGACCACCACCACUACUCCAAGAACCACUACCACCACCACCACUACUCCAAGAACCACUACCACCACCACCACUACUCCAAGAACAACCACCACUACAAGAAAGACAACCAUUACUACUACUCCAAGAAUGACUACCACUAUUCGAAGAUCCAUCACUACUCCCCCAAGAAGAACAAUUAAUCGAAAAACUAUUCGAAGAGCUAAUCGAAAAACUAUUCGAAGAGCUACUCGAAAAACUACUACCCCAAGAAGAACAACUAUUCGAAAAUCUGUUCGAAGAACCACCACUACGACCCCAAGAAGAACAACUACUCGAAAAUCUAUUCGGAGAACCACCACUACAACCCCAAGAACAACAACUAUUCGAAAAUCUGUUCGGAGAACCACCACUACGACCCCAAGAACAACAACUGUUCGAAAAUCUGUUCGGAGAACCACCACUACGACCCCAAGAACAACAACUGUUCGAAAAUCUGUUCGGAGAACCACCACUACGACCCCAAGAACAACAACUGUUCGAAAAUCUGUUCGGAGAACCACCACUACGACCCCAAGAACAACAACUGUUCGAAAAUCUGUUCGGAGAACCACCACUACGACCCCAAGAACAACAACUAUUCGAAAAUCUGUUCGGAGAACCACCACUACGACCCCAAGAACAACAACUGUUCGAAAAUCUAUUCGGAGACCCACCACUACGACCCCAAGAACAACAACUAUUCGAAAAUCUAUUCGGAGAACCACCACUACGACCCCAAGAACAACAACUAUUCGAAAAUCUAUUCGAAGAACCACCACUACUACCCCCAAAGCAACAACCAUGAGGACUCCAACAAGCACCAUCACCACAACCACUACUCCAAGAUCAACCACCACUACAAGAAAGACAACCAGUACUAUUACUACAAGAACGACUACCACUAUUCCAUCAACCACCACUACUACCCCCAAAACAACAACCAACACAACUCCAACAACCACGAACACCACUACUGCAACCACAGUGGUCACCACUGCUCCAACAAACACCACCCCUGUUGUGCCAACAACAAUCACUACCACAACUCCAACCAUGAUGGUCACCACUGCUCCAGUGACAGCGAGGUCCUCUAUUUCUCCUCUUCCAAUGCCAGCACCCACAAGGGACCUCCAGCCAGCUUCUUUAUCUCCUCCAACUCAGACAGCAGAAACCCAGCCUACUACCGUGUAUGAAACAAACAUAACCAGCUCACCAUGGCACUCUUGUUCAACAGAUGGAAAUGGCACUGUGACACAGUCUCCAGAUCCCCAGUGGCAUAACAAUCAAACUCUUGCGGCUCUGGCACAAGAAACAUGGAUGAUCACCAACAAGGGAGUCUACGUUGGAAUCUCUGUUACCAUUUUGGCAUUGUUGCUCAUGUUUGUGGUUUUCUGGAUUAGGAGAAGAUAUUUUUGCCUGGGUAACAAGGCGGAGCCACUACGCCUCAUCACUUUGGCCAACCUUUCUCCUUCAGGGUUGGCAAAUACAGUAGCAGAGGGGAGGCACCCAGAGGAAAACAUCUAUAUCAUUGAGGAAAAUGUAUAUGAAGUAGAGGAUCCAUUCGAGUAUUGCUGGUCCGUCAAGAGUGGGCAGCAAUCCUAACAGCCUCUGGGCCGCUGUCACCUUUCAACGCCACCAGACUCAGCCACUUCAUUUUGGGGCUUGGUGUUGUCUUCUUUGAAAACAUGAGAUGGCUCAGCUGACUGAUUUUAGAAAUUCUGUCCUUGGCCACCGAGCAGUGUUUUUCCAUAUUUUAAAGAUAACUAGCUCACUCGAGGAUUGAGCUGGGACCUGUGUGGUAAUACACAGGCACUACAUUGCCUCUGUGUUCCAUCCCCCCAACUCAGAGACUGCUAACUGGGACAUUAGCGCUUAAGUGGGCUUUUACAGAGAGUAAGAAUUCUUAAUAUGGGAUCUCUGGAAUUCUAGAUAUUUGAUUACAUUGUGUGUCCAUGAAACACCUGAAAAUACAGGGGAAAUUAUGUGCUGAGAUGUAUGUGUGUCUUUUUCCAUACAGGAAGUCUAAAGGGGUCACUGAUUCUCAAAGAGCUCUGUGAUCCACAGAACGGGUUAGGAAACUACUGGAGUAGGACUAGAUCGUCUUGAUUCCCUAAAAGCCUCACGUUUUAUACUUCUUGAAUGUUGACUCUGCAACAGUAAGUGCCAAAGCACAGUUCUUCUUGGCCUCAGUUAAGAAGAUGGCCCAGCAAGGCCUGUGGUGUGGCAGAUGCUCCUGGAGAAAAGGGAAGUACGAUCAGUGUGUGUUGACCAGUUUUGCUUGGGGUGUACUCAAAGGGAAAGAUCUCUGACCGACUUCUCCAUUCAUGGAGAGAAAUGGAGCAGUGUUUUUCAUAAAAGAAGAAGCAGUGACUGGGACAGAAAUUCUGUUUCCUGGUGGAAAGUAGGUGAAGGUCUCUAGCCGUCUUUAUUUGUCAGUUGGAUCCCUUCGUGCUUCGACAAUGGUCCUUAAGCUUCAGUGCCAGGAUGUUGGAUAGUAGGUCCAUCUUGCCUGUUUUUUUCCUUCCCAGUUAUGGCACAACUCUGACACAUAAUAGAGAUUUACCUAAUAUCUUUGGAGUGAAAAAAUUAAAUAAGCAGAAAGGUAAAUUUCUGGAAAAACUUUUCCAUUGGAGAGUUCAGAUAGAGCUCUGUACGUUCACUUGUUGGGGAACUCAAAAAUACUCUUAAGCUCCUGUUUUUGGUCUUGUCCAGCUCUUAGUUUCUCAGCAUCUUCUUCCAGCUCAGGCCCUGGAAGUCUGUUCCUCUCCUGUCUUUCUCCUUUCUGUUGGAUGAAUCAACAGUAGAGACCUGCCUGAAAAUGGCCGUCUCCGGGUGAUGACUAAACUGCUACUGUGUUGCAUGCAAGAGAUGUUGAUCACCAGGGAUGCAGGCAGCCUGUUUGUUACAGUGUUCAAGCUGCAUCUAUACAGGAUUGGGAAGCAUUGGUUUUCUACUGGAGAUUUGAAAGGGAGAUCAUUUUUCAAAGUUCCAGGCAGUGGCUUUUAAACAAGCUAAAAAAUUAAUAUUAAGUAUUUUUAACUUAUGAAAUUUUUGAUGGAAGAGAUUUCAAAACUCAUUUAAACCAGGUCAAUGAUUGCCCCACAAAAGAGAUUCUUUCUUUCUUUUUUUUUUUCCAAUAGGGAUUCUUAUCCUAAAAAAAAAAACUUUAAACAAUGUAAAGAACAACUAUUGCAACAGUGUUUGUUAGAGACUUUCUCCAUGAAUUGGGGAAUAACUGAUUAUUGUGGUAUUGCCAACACACUGGAACAGGUAAAAAAAAAUUAAGUAGUUUCAUCAUUGAAUUGUUUUGCUAGUUCAACAGAAGCUAAGUGCUUACCUUGUGCCAGGUUCUCUGGUGCUGGGAUCACAGAGACCAAAUAAACACAUCCCUGACCCCAUGGAACUUCUGACUGAUCUAACAGGAAGGAGGAUCUUAUUCAUUCAUUUAGUGAACAUGUUUUGGCACCUACUUUGUGCCAGACAGUGUUUUUGUUCCUAGAAAUAUAGCAGUGAAGGAAACAGACAAAAUCCCUAGUUUCACAGAGCUUAUGUUACUUGUCAAAGGAGAAAUCUAUAUUGCUUAUAAAAAGAAAAAGGUUCUCGAAUAGUGUAGUUAGUUCUAUUUUUUUCUUUUACUGUAAAAUAUUCCAGAAGUAAUUCCAAAGUUAAUAUGGUUAUUCCACAGGGGCAAAUAGUCAAGAGUUUCACUUUUUCCUUUUGUGUGCUUCUAUAACUGUUUGAAUAAUUUUCUCCAAUUUUUGUAAUAAAAAAUUUGAUUUAAGUAUGA